AUGGACUGUUUUCUUGUAGUGAUCAAAGGAUCGCCAAUGUAUCAUGUCCGAAAUCCGUUAUUGCAACAAUGGGUUCGAAUCCCUCUUCCUCCACAUCUCUCCUCCUUUGAUGUGGUGAGGUUACAAGAGAACCAAUAUUUCAACGACAAUGGAUUGGUCACAAAGAUGGAAAACGGUAUUGCCGUGGGUUACAAGGUUGUCUGGAUAUUGGCCCCACAUGUGUCUGCUAAACUCACUUUUAUGAUAUAUUCGUCUGAAACAAGAGCUUGGAAAACCGAAAAUAUGCGUUGUGUCUGUUCAAUGAUUUGGUCUAGACUAGAGUAUUCGAUUUCCCUGAACGGAAUUCUUCACUGGCUUACCUCUAGUGAUAACACCAUGACGCAAAUUAUGUUGUAUCCUAUGAUUUCUAUAAUAAUGUUGGAGGUAAUGAUGGGUGUCGUUUGA